AUGCCAGGCUCAAAUCAGGAGAACAUAAUGAAGUCGCAGCAGAAGUGUAUUGCUGUGUUUGCACUCGUUUGCUGCUUUGCUGUCCUGGUGGCUUUGAUUUUCUCUUCUGUGGACGUUUGGGGAGAGGAUGAGGAUGGUGUCACUGAAGAAAACUGCAGUAACAAUUGUCGUGUUGUGCUUGUGGAGAACAUUCCAGGAGAGCUGUCCUUUAACCACAAUAGUUCAACCAAUAUGCCUCUCAUUGUGGGUCUCAACCACCUUCUGGACCAAGCCAAACUAUCAGUUGAGAUUGUAUCCCCAUACUGGGCUCUGACCUCCACAGACCAGGGGUCACAGCUUCAUUCUGCCUAUCAGAGUCAGUUUUUGUUUCAAAGAUUGCUAAGUCUGAAGUCUCGAGGUGUCAAAUUAAAGAUCGCCAGUGACCAGCCCAACUCCACUGAGCUGAAGAGCAUGUCUGACCGCUAUGCAGAGGUGCGCUACGUCAAUAUGUCUGCCCUCAGCAGAGGUAGACUGCUUUCCUCCUUCUGGGUGGUGGACAGGAAGCACAUUUACAUUGGCAGCGCUGGCAUGAGCUGGAUGGAGUUGUCCAAGCUGAAGGAACUUGGUGUGAUAGUUUUUGACUGUAGUUGUCUGGCUCUAGACCUGCACAGGAUCUUCUCUUUUUACUGGCAGCUGCAGUACAGAGACUACAUCCCCUCUAUAUGGUCCAAGAGAGUCACAGCUGUGUUCAGCAGAGAUAAACCAGUCCAGCUUAGACUCAACAAUACUGAUGCCUCUGCUUAUGUGUCGACAUCACCAGAGCUCUUUUGCUCCAAGGGUCGAAGUAGAGAUAUAGAUGCUAUUCGGCAUGUUAUCAGAGAAGCGAAGCAGUACAUCUACAUCUCUGUAACAGAUUACCUGCCCUUAGUCAACCGCAGCUAUCGAGGAUCAGCAAUUAUAAGGUACUGGUCACCAAUAGACGAGAUGCUCCGGGAGGCUGCAGUUAUGAGAGAGGUUAAAGUUCGACUUUUAAUCAGUCUGUGGACACAUACACAUCCACUGACUUUUAAUUUCAUGACAUCAAUGCAGGCGCUGUGCACAGGACUGCCUAGCUGCUCGAUAGAGGUGAAAUUUUACAGAGGCAAGGAACAGAUGGGAGGAUUUCAGCACAGAAUAAAUGAGAAUAAAUACAUAGUGACAGAUAACGCAGUAUAUAUUGGGAACCUUGACUGGGUUGGCAGUGACUUUGCCUUCAAUGCAGGAGUUGGACUGGUGAUUCAGGAAACGCAGAGUGAGCGGGAAGGCCAGGACUCUCUUUUAGAGCACAUAACUGAUGCUUUUCAAAGAGAUUGGUUUUCACCUUUCACAUUAAGCCUGCUCACUGGCAGCAAGGUGCUACAAGAGAGCCAACAUGGGAGACAAAAUCUGCAGGCUUUGAAAACAAAACCAGAGAGUGUAAAUGAGCGGAGGGAAGUUCUCUGAAGUGGGACCAUUAAGCCAGGGACUUAUCUGUGCCUUGGAACAUUUGUGCCAUGACUCAACUCAUUCCAAUUUUCAGAUGCUGUCAAUAGAAUUGAAUAAUUAUCUCUGAAGGACUUCUAUACAGGAAAACAUUUUUUGUACGUGCUUUUAUUUUUCCAUUACAGCACAGCAGGCUCAAUAAAAACGUAAUUAUUCUCACACUGAACAGUUAUGUAAUGCAUAGGUAUUUAGAUAAACAGUCAGUACACUGCAAAGCAAGAUUUUUGUCAUGUUUUCCAGGUAAUAUAUAAACAUCCUUUAAACAAGAUACAGUCAUACUUGAGAAGCAAAAUAAGUAUAAAUCUGACCGAAUCUACUAAUAUUUAUGCUUAAAAAAAUUAUUUGCUAAUGGGAUGAGAAAAAAUAAAUGAAAUUUGAGAUAUAUUCUCUGAAAAUAAUUUUGCUUCUCAAGUAAAUAUUUGUUUUGAGGAGAUAUUUUAACUGGAA